AUUGUACAGAUUGUGUAAACUGCACCAUUAUUAUAGAGUUCAGUUGGUUAUUGAUUUAUACGUUGGCCUGGUAAUUUAGGACUGAGGAAGAUGAAAACGACGCAGCGAACGGAAAGAGAAAGGGAAGAAAAAAAACCCAAUAAAUUUCAACUGAUAUCUAACAAAGGUAAAGUGGAUCGACAAAAAAGAAGGAAACAGGAAGGCAUCUAAGAUCUAAGAAAUGACCAGCUCACCUGCUUCUAGAUUUGUUUCAAAUGGCAAGAGGAACACCAGCCCCCGGUCCCCUACCAACACUGGCGAGCUCUUCACUCCAGCACAUGAAGAAAACGUUCGAUUUAUAUAUGAUGCAUGGCAGUGUGUCCUGAGAGACCUUGCGUCCUCCAGUGAUCGGAGUGAGCGAGGACCCCAGCAGUAUGUUGAGAAGACGACAAACCCUGGGCUUAACACAUUUACUCCCAUUGACUUGAGUGAUGUAAAGAGACGGAACACACAGGACUCCAAGAAAUCUUAAGAAAUGUGUGCCUGCCUGGCCAGGUCCCAUUCCACUCCUUAGGCAGUCCUUGGGAGAUUUCUUUUCUACUGAUCAUCUCUGUCAGCCUCAGUCUGGAAUGACUGCCCCCCCCCCAAUCACCGCUCCCCCAAUCACCCGUCCCUCUUCAGCUUCAAAGUAAAGAAACCAAUGACUGAUCUCUCUCCUGGCUCUCUUGAAGUUGCAUGCAGAUAAGACAAAAUGAAGCAGGGUUGUGUUUUAGUUGAAAUCUUUGUCCCCUUAAAGAAACACAAUUGGUCAAACCCUCCCUGCCUAGCAAACCACCAGCUAGUUGUUUUAAAAUUAAGAAUAACUCUAUAAACGUGUUCAACUUUUCAGUUGUUUGGUUUUUGAGCUAUUGGCUUUUUUUUUUUUUUUGGGAAGCACUCUUAAAUUGGUCCUGUGGAUCUGAAUCUUGCAAAGGAAGCCACCCCAGAAACUGUCUUCCUCCUUGCUCUAUAAUUCAGGUUUCAAGUCCGAGUGACUUAUAGAUAGAAAGAGAGAGAAAGAAUACGACAGAAUUUAAUAUAAUUUUUUAAAGCCUCGCUUGACCCUCCUGGGGUUACGCAGCUUGUCUAAAAGCAACAUCUUAUUGGCAGUGGGAUUAUAGCAACUUUGUUGUAUUUGUCUUCUAAUUGAGAGUGAGCAAAUCAAGGCUGUGUUUGCUUACAAGCUUUCCUGGUUCACCUACAGAAAUGGGAAUACAACCCCUUCUGUUUGCCAAUAGAGUUGCAUGAAUCUGUAGCAGGCACCUCUUGCAUCUGAGUAAAUCUGAUUGGUUGUUACAGCAGUUAAGCAAAAAGGUGUGGGGUUGAUUUGGUGGGGGAGGGGGUUGUGGUCACCAAGGUUUUUUUUUUGUAAUGUAAUGUACAUUUGUAUGGAAUAUUUUAUUUGUUAUCUUUUAUACCUUUUGAUUUUAAAGCUCUUUUUAAAAAGUCAAUUUUAUAUAAAUACAUAAAUAAAAUCCAUUACUACAGAAUGGACUUCAUGAUGGGGGUUUAACACACCUGCAUAUAAAUGUGUAUUCAUGUAUGUCUGCAUACUAUGUGUACAUGAAUUUACACAUGAGCUUCCAGUAAAAAUCAGUUACAAAGGGGGACUGCUUCCAUUUCAUCUCAGUGGCAAUUAAUAGCUGGCAGACUGGCAGGGGCAAUUAACAAGCAGACGUGUGGAUGACGUAAAGGACAAAAGAUGCAAAAAUCAGUCAGUGAACUUUUACUGUUAAAUUACAGCCAUGCUGGUUCUUAAUGAGUUUGUAAGUCACCAUACACUGCUCUAAUUAUAUGAUGCUCAGUGGCCGUUUGUAGAGAUGCUUAUUUCUGUAAUUUCUGUGACGGCAUCUGUAUCAAGCCUGGAGUUGGCAAUACAUAAAAAUAAUUUAAUAUGACUGUUUCUGAGACCUUAUUUCUGCAAAAUAUACAGAGAUCCUACUGCAUUGCAAGCCAUUCUCUAUAUAAUUAUUCACUUUAAUCCUGAAAGUAAUGCACAAAAUUUAUUUGCGUUAUGAUUAGGUGUUUGAAUAAAAAGGAAACAAGAGAAGACUGGCAUUCGAUUUCAGCAGCAGGUCUGCGGCAUUGAUAUAUAAACACUGGAGCUUCUCAAACGCUUACACUAUCUCCUAGUUGGCCACAGAAUUGGAGUCUGGCUUAACAGCAUCUGCAAGCCUAUUCCAUUUCUAGCCCUUGUUUUAAAGGCAGAGCUUCUUCCAUAACUGUUGUAGAUUUUCCACUAUCUAGCAUCAAGGCUCUUAUUUCUGUUAAAUGUGACCAUUUAAGGCCAUUGAAACAGCAGUUUGUUUCAUUGUAAAGAAGAAUCAAACUGAAAAACUCAGUGAUGAGAAAGAUAGAGCUCUUGUAAUGCCAAGAUGCAACUAAAAAUGUGCUUUAUUUGCUAUGUACUUAUUCCAAUAAGUUUUGACCACAAUCAAAUAACAAUACAUUGGCACUGUAUCUUGAAGGAAAAGGGUACUAUUGUAACCAAUCUUCAAGGAAUAAUUUUGGCGCUGCAUGUUUUCGUGGUUAAAAACAUGUAAGUGAGAAGAGUGCUUCUGGGGGAGUGUUAAAUGUCAAUUUUCUUUAUUACCCACCCCAAGGGAUGUAAAUGUUUGUUUGUUUUUUAGACAGAUGUUGCUUUCAGGAUCAUAUGAAAGAGAUAAAGUUAACAUAAGGAGUUAGACAUUCAUACAGAAUAAGCUGUAUGGAUGUUGUUUUAAACCAAACAAAAUGUUAUCCAUUGUUUUUCUUAAGUGAAGAGAAACAAGUUGUAAACUUUACUAGAAAAAGGAAAUUCACAUUUGUAAACUGGGGAAGUACUGUAAAUAAAAUGUUUUCUUUUGACACA